UGACGUAAAUGUCUCAACAGCCCACUUCUUCUUUUAAAUUUAUAAAUAACCACAUUAUUUAGGUAACAGUAAUACACUGCCCCUCGUCUACACUAAAAAAAAGUUCUGCUCAGAAGAGCUUAGGUUGAGCACAGAUCAAGGGUCUUACCACCUGCCGGUCCCGCUCGAGCCACGAGAUUACUUUAUUUGCUUUGGCGUGACAUCAUGGCCCACAUGCUUCGUGAGAAGUUGAAGGGCUCGAGGUCGAACUAUUGACUAUUGGCAACUUCCAGUGCCGACCUCGCUCGGCUAACCCCGUCGUCCCUGAAACUUCGACUCAACAUUGGUCUCUCUCUUUUUAAAGAGCCCUCUCCCGGGUCUGCUGCGGUCUGUGACACUCUCUUCUGCGUGGGAUGGAGUAGCUCAACAAAAUACCAGCACCUUCCCAACCAACCGCGACACGUCGCCGACGACCAUGCUUCCCUUUAUCAAUGCCCCGUUUGAAUAUGCCGGGAGCAAGCUCGGCGCGGGCCCAGACGAGCUCAAGCUUGUCUUCUCAUUCAUUCUCUCCUACCCGUUAGCCGGAGUCCUGAAACGGAUCCCCGAUAGAAGUCCCCAGCAGAAAAACAUUUUCAUAAUCAGCGUUGCCCUAUUCUACCUCGUCGGCCUCUUCGACCUAUGGGGCGGGCUGCGCACCAUCGCCAUCUCGGCGGGCGGGGCCUACACCAUCGCCAAGUCCCUCCGUGGCUCGCCAUACAUGCCAUGGGUUGGCUUCGUCUUCCUGAUGGGCCACAUGAGCGUCAACCACAUCGCACGCCAGGCCGCCGACAAUCCUAGCGUGGUUGACAUCACGGGCGCGCAGAUGGUGAUGGUUAUGAAACUCAGCGCCUUCUGCUGGAACGUGGCCGACGGCGUACUGCCCGAGGACCAGCUCUCCGAUUACCAGAGAGACCGCAGGCUGGCUGAGCUGCCGGGCCUGCUCGACUACGCCGGCUACGUCUUCUUCUUCCCUAGCUUGCUCGUCGGACCGGCCUUUGACUAUGUCGACUACCGGAGAUGGCUGGACACGACAAUGUUCACAGUCCCUGCACAAGUAGACCCGACCAAGAAGCCGCCGACGCGGCGGAAGCGCAAGAUCCCUCGUAGCGCGACGCCCGCCAUGUGGAAGUUGGCCGGCGGCCUGGCCUGGAUUGUGCUCUUCCUCAACCUGUCGGGCAUGUACGGCACGGAUGCCGUAACGGGGCCGACAUACAUGGACCACGGCCUCCUCCACCGCCUCUUCAUCCUGCACAUGGUGGGGUUUACGGCACGCUGCAAGUACUAUGGCGUGUGGACGAUGACGGAGGGCUCGUGCAUCCUGGCCGGGCUGGGCUACAACGGCGUAGAUCCCAUCACGGGGAAGGUGUCCUGGGACAGGCUGCAGAACAUCUCGCCCUGGGGCGUGGAGACGGCACAGAACUCGCGGGCAUACCUCGGGAACUGGAACAUCAACACGAACAAGUGGCUGCGCAACUACAUCUACCUGCGAGUCACCCCUCGCGGCAAGAAGCCCGGCUUUAGAGCUAGCCUGGCUACGUUUGCAACUAGCGCCUUCUGGCAUGGUUUCUACCCGGGAUACUACUUAUCGUUCAUGAUGGGGAGCUUCAUUCAGACUGUGGCGAAGAGUAAGUUCCACCCCCCCUUUCCUCACCUUGCUUCUGUUUUGGUUUUCUUCUCCUUUCCCUUGUAUAUUGCCCCUAUCUUGUGUGUCCCACCACCUCAAGCCAGAGCAGUCUCCACCUCCAUCAUCCCCCACCUCCACCUCGGGAUGACCCACGGCUAACCAGCGCCUCGCCCAGACUUCCGCCGAUACCUCCGCCCCUUCUUCCUCGAACCAGCCACGCAGGCCCCGCUCCCGCGCAAGCGCUACUACGACCUCUUCUCCCUCCUCGCCACGCAGCUGGCCUUCUCCUUCGCCACGGCGCCCUUCCUCGUCCUCGACCUCGGCGACUCCCUCCUCGUCUGGUCGCGCGUCUACUUCUACGCCGCCGCC